CCGAGAUUGUUCAAUUACACAAAAUGAAAUGAAUUUAUCGGAGUAUGAACAGAAAUUGUGCAAGUACUUUGAGCGGGUCGAGCUCAAGGGAAAAAAGGGAAGAAAAGUGGCAGUGUUGCUGACUCCUGAAAUGACGAAGUCCUUAAAUCUGAUGAUUAUGAAGAGAGAGCAGUGUGGUGUGCCCAAUAAGAAUGAGUAUUUAUUCGCCGUUCCUCACUGCCUCACAUGCUACAGGGGACAUCAAUGUCUUAGGAAGUUUGCAGAUGAAUGUGGUGCCCAAAAACCAGAUUUUUUACGAUCUACUCCGCUGAGGAAAGAAAUGGCAACUACUUCUCAGAUAUUAGAUUUAAAGAACAAUGAAAUGGAUCAGCUGGCGGACUUUUUGGGUCACGACAUAACCGUGCACAGACAUUUUUACCGUCUUUCUGAUGCCACCAUACAGAGUGGAAAAAUUUCCAAGCUGCUUCUUGCCCUUGAGAGAGGAAAGCUGCAUGAGCUAAGAGGAAAAACGCUUGAUGAAAUUGGAGAUUUCACAGAUGAUGAUGAUGAUGAUGAGGACGACGAUGAGAGUGAGAGUGAUGAAGAUACAACCCUGGACACAGAAACUGCAGAUGAAAUUAAUGAGGAACACAUGGACACAUCUGCCAGAGAGGAGACUCACACAAAUAUAUGUGGACAAAAUGGCAGUAACUCACACGUGCACACCGAACAACCUACAUGCAGUUCAGCUGACAGACCAAUUCCUGGAUGCAUUGUUGGUGGUAAACAGAAGCCAGACAAAGGUGCAAGGCGACCGUGGUCGAAUGCAGAGGUCAAUGCCGUAUUAAAGCAUUUCAAACCACACAUUGCCAAAGGUCAUCUGGCGUCUUUAAGAGAGUGUGAGCUGUGCAAGAAGUGCGAGCCAGUUCUACAAAAUAGAACAUUACACAACAUCAGAGAUUUUGUCCGUAACCGAGGGGUAACCCUGAAGCGCAAAAUGACUAACACUUAACUUUUUUUUCAAGAUCUUUAACUUUAUUCAUUUAUAUGCUGAUAUAAAGUUUAAAUGAAAAGCUUAUAGUUCAGAGAGGGAAUGUUGUCAUAUUGAGAGGAUCUGUUUUAAAGGAACAUGCCCAGAUUUUAGGAAUUUAGCUUAUUC